AUGCCUUCCACCAAUGAGGGACAAGGUACGUCCAAAAAUGCAUCAAGUGUUGGAAAUUUAAGAGAAUUUCACUUGAAUAUCACGGACUGGAAUAUCUAUAAGGCGAGAUUGAAUAACUAUUUCUCAGCAAACGAAAUUUCCGAUACGAAUAAACAACGGGCGAUCCUUUUGAACAUGUUGGACGAGGAAGCCUAUAAACUAAUAUUUAACAUAUGUAGCCCCGACCUUCCAGAAGAUAAGUCUUACAAUUCGUUACUGGAAUUAUUCGACAAACAUUUCACGCCGAAGAAGUCAGUCUUGGCUGAACGCUAUAAAUUCUUCGCGGCGAAAAAGGAUUCGUAUGAAAAUAUCAAGGAAUGGGCUGCAAGAAUAAGAAGUUUGGCUGUUUCCUGUGAAUUCGGACAAGAACUGGAUAUCUGUCUCAGGGAUCGUUUUGUCUGUGGGUUUGAGAAGGGAGCAAUUUUGGAUAGAUUGCUAGAAGAAAAAAAGGAGAUCACAUUUGAACAAGCGAUCAAUGUGGCGGAAAACAAAAUGGCGGCGUGUCAGAGCUACCAGAUUUCAGGUCUUGAAAUCAAGUCGGAGCCGUUACAUCAUAUACGCAAACGCAAUAACAACAGUGACGAAGGAAAACGUCAUCAAGCAGAAGGCCAUCAUCCUGUGCAGGACAGGGAGAGUUGCGCAGUUUGUGACAAUGUGAAUUUCGUGAAUGAUAGAGCUGAAGGUAUAGUCAAUGAAUUUUUUGAGGUAUUUUCUGAUGGGUUAGGAAAGUUUUCAAAAGGAGUUGUAACUAUUAACCUGAAGGAUAGUGAUGUUAACCCUAAGUUUUAUAGAGCUAGACCUGUACCUUACGUUUUAAAAUCCAAAAUAGAAGACGAAAUUAAUAGACUUGUUUCUUUAGGUGUUCUGUAUCCAGUUGAUUAUAGCGAAUGGGGAACUCCAGUCGUACCAGUAUUGAAGAAAAAUGGAUCAUUGCGUCUUUGUGGAGACUACAAAGUAACUAUCAACCCGCAUAUUGAAGUUGACCAACAUCCUCUGCCGAGAAUUGAUGAUCUGUUCAAUUGUCUACAGGGUGGAGUAAAAUUUUCAAAACUGGACCUGUCUGAUGCUUACCAACAGAUAGGCUUAGAUGAAAUUUCUAAAGAGCUCACCACAAUUGUUACUCAUAAGGGCUUAUACAGGUACAAUAGAUUAACAUACGGAAUUGCGUCAGCACCUGCUAAGUUUCAAAAAAUAAUGGAAUCGCUUUUCACUGGUUUGGAGGGUGUCGUAGUAUUUUUGAAUGAUGUGUUGAUAACUGGAAAAGAUGAUAAUGAACAUUUGGAAAGAUUGAGAGAUAGUAUUGAGUACCUAGGUUAUAUAAUUGAUAAGGAAGGUUUGCAUACCAGUGAAUCAAAGACAGUAGCUAUUAAAAAUGCGGAAGCACCAACCAAUGGGCUUGGGAACACUUCCUACAGCGAUCCGAAGGGAUGUCCUGUUUCGCAAUAUGUCUCAAGUACAUCCUCGUGGGCAUCACCUGGUCCUGUAUCGCCAUCAAUCUUCCCUCCGUUUCAGGAAACAAAUACCCUGCACGUGACCAGGGUAUCUGCCGUGAAGAGCCAUGGACCGCCAUUCAUGUUUUAG